AGAAGGCCUUUCGUCCCUUACAUUUUCUGGAUUACGCUUCUUAAACGAGGCUUGUGAGCAACAACAUUUGCUUCACGACCCGUUAGACUUUGUUAUUUGGAAGUUUAAAUCAACAAAAAAUUAAUUGCUAAGUUAAUCAAAUUCUCGAAGAUAUUUGAAUACCAGGGCUAUCAAAGGAGAGUCAUAUAGUAGCGAAAACACCACUGAAAAAAGGCAACCGUCCAUAUUGUAAAAUCAUCUCAGCGCUUUAUUUCGUAAUUGCAUUUCUAAGUUACGCAAGGUAUUCUUAAUUUAUUAAAGUCAAAACGCUAUCAAAAUGAACGCACAAGGAGUCUCAAACUAUCCUAUUGCCUCGCUGUAUGUUGGAGAUUUGAAUCCUGACGUUACAGAAGCUAUGCUUUUCGAGAAAUUCUCAACAGCUGGGCCUAUUUUGUCCAUACGUGUGUGUCGUGAUGCGAUCACCAGACGCUCUCUUGGCUACGCCUACGUAAAUUUUCAGCAGGCUGCAGACGCUGAGAGAGCACUUGACACUAUGAACUUUGAUGCCAUGUGUUUUUUUUUUGUUUUUUUUUUUAAUAAAGCUGAGAGAGCACUUGACACUAUGAACUUUGAUGCCAUCAAAGGCCGCCCUAUUCGUAUUAUGUGGUCUCAGCGUGAUCCAACUUUGCGUCGUACUGGCAUGGGUAACGUCUUCAUUAAAAACUUGGACAAAUCAAUUGAUAACAAAGCUCUCUAUGAUACAUUUUCGGCUUUCGGUAACAUCUUGUCCUGUAAGAUACAAUGCGAUGAAAACAACGAAUCUAAAGGCUACGGCUUCGUUCAUUUUGAGACCGAAGAUGCUGCCUCUAAAGCCAUCAGUAAAGUGAAUGGCAUGUUGCUCAAUGGAAAAAAAGUGUAUGUAGGUCAUUGGAUUCCUCGCAAAGCCCGGGAUGCUGACAUGGGAGAUAAAAUGAAGAGCUACACAAAUGUUUUUAUAAAAAACUUGAGUGAAGAUGUAUCAGAUGACCAGCUGAUGGAUAUGUUCUCCAAAUAUGGCAAGAUUGUUAGUGCCAAAGUAAUGCGAGAUGAUGGUUCUAAAAGCCGUGGCUUUGGUUUUGUGAGCUUUGAGGACCACGAAGCAGCAUCACAGGCCACUCAGCAGCUGAACAAUGUUGAUGUGGACGGUCGUACUUUGUAUGUUGGGCGUGCACAGAAGAAAGCAGAACGUCAAGCUGAGCUUAAACAGAAAUAUGAACGACUGAAAGCAGAGAGAAUCAAUCGCUUCCAGGGUGUUAACCUAUACCUAAAGAACCUUGAUGAUGAAAUUGAUGACAAGCGGUUGCAGAAAGAAUUUGAAAAGUUUGGUACUAUUACAAGUGCAAAGGUUAUGAGUGAUGAAAAGGGAAUCUCAAGAGGAUUUGGGUUUGUGUGCUUUUCUUCCCCUGAAGAAGCAACUAAGGCUGUUACUGAGAUGAAUGGAAGAAUCAUUGCUACUAAACCUCUGUAUGUAGCACUAGCACAGCGGAAAGAAGAUCGUAAGGCACAGCUGGCUGCCCAACACAUGCAACGUAUUGCAGGGAUUAGAGUUCCCGGGAAUGCACAACAGAUAAAUCAGGUGUUUAACCCAGGGUUUGGGUACUUUACUCAAGCCGUUCAGCCCCCACAAGCACGAUUAUACCCAGCAGGGCAGAUGACACAAAUCAGAAACCCAAGGUGGACUGGUGCUAACCAACCAAGACCAGCUGGUCAACAAAGUGCAGGCUUCCAGCCCAUGCCAAAUACGCGUCCGUUUGCCCCGAGAGGAGGCAACCCAGCUAUCCGCACUGCCAAUCCUGCAAGAGUCCCUAUUCCCCAGCAGCACCAGCAGCGUGUGACAGGGGUGAUCCCUCAGUCUGCUAUCCGUGUUCCUGCCGCUCAAGGAAUUCCAACUGUACCAGCUCAACAACGCCAAGUGAAGUAUGCUAAUGCUGUGCGCAAUCAGACUGUUGCUGGUCAGUCUGCUGGAAUUCCUGUGGAUGUUACACCACAACAAGCUGUCCAAGUUCCCGGACAGGACCCAUUGACCCCAUCCAGCCUGGCACAGGCUACCCCCCAGGAGCAGAAGCAGAUGUUGGGUGAGCGUUUAUACCAUAUCAUUCAACCUAGCCAUGGUGACCUAGCUGGUAAAAUCACUGGAAUGUUGUUGGAGAUUGACAACGCUGAGUUGCUUCACAUGUUGGAAUCCCGUGACUCGUUGAGCGCAAAGGUUGACGAGGCUGUGAUUGUGUUGAAGGCUCACCAAGCUAAGGAAUCUGGUAAUAAACCUGCUGUGGCCGCCACUGCGCAGUAACUUCACCAGUUGGCUAACAAAGAAAAAAAUAUACCCGAGUGUUGCUUACUAUACGACUCUCCUUUGUUAUAAAUUGAAGAAAAAAAAUCAGACAUUUAAAAAAAAAAAUGGUAAAAGCAAUUCAUGAAAAAAAAAAAUGGUAAAAUAUGACAAAAACUGCCAAGUAACAAAACAAAGAAGCUAUAAAUAAAUAAGUUAUAUAAAUAUGAAAGAAAAUGGGACACAACAAAAAAAAAAGAAAAAUAGAAAAUUGACACUGGUUCUGUAUUUUGAAUAAAUACUGAUCAGAUGCCUAUGUAAGAAUAACGGAACUACUGAUGACUACCUAGAUGCUGGCCUUAACUAGUAAAGUCCUUAAAGACAUGAUACAAGAUAUCAAAUCAAUACAUACAAAAAAACUAAAAAAUCUAUAAAAAUAGCAAAAUCUAUUUUAAAAAAUUUAAAAAAAUAUUGACUUCUGUAAACUGAGCAGGAAAAGCAGGUAUGUGCAACCUUGUCCAAUUUUUGACAAGAGAUUUUUUUCUACAUUAAUAGCCAAAAAAUGAAACACAUUAUUAGUAAAACUUAAGAUAGCAGGUAUUGAACUAAAGUAAUCUAGCCCAUCUUCUCUAUACAGUAUAUAUAGUACGGUUGUUGCUAUUUUUUUCCAUGAACUCUUCACUUGAUACCAAUAUGCUCAUUUCAUUAUGGAAUAUUGUGAUUACUGUAUACAAUAGAUAGCACAAAUUGAUGUUUAAUAUUAUGUUGCAAAUGUUUAUUUAAAAUCUCACAAUGUAACACUUACUAACUUUAACUUUGUUAUCUCAAUAACAGUAUCUGUAUUGUUGGUCUUCACUCGUGCUUUUCUUUAUUUUGUAUUGUAUUAUGCAGUCCUUGUAUUGAAGUUUGGGUAAGAUACGUUUACAAUACAAUAAAGCAAAAAUAGUAAUCUUCA